GCGGCCGGCUCAGCGCAGAAGUUUGCGGAGCGCUUUCAGGCCGGCUGGUCCGGGACUCGCGCAGCCCCGGGAGCCGCCUCCUUCUCCUGCCGCCGCCGCCCUGUUCUCUCGGGAUUCCUUCUCUACGGAGGAUAGACGCUCUGCCUGGGGGAAGUUGAAGUGGACUGGGGAGUGCUGAGGACGAGCAGCGGGGGACCGUUCCAGUGACAGCUUGGAAUCGGGCCGCCAGACGCGGGGGGCUCCGGCAGCCGGGAAUCUCGCCUACCUUCCCGCGGCCGCCGGGGCAGGCGGGCGGGCGAUGCGGCGGCCGAGCCCCGCGGCGCCCAGAGGAAGGAGGGCGCCCGGGAGAGCUUAGAGCUUUUUCUGCCCACUUGGGGAAGGGCGCAUGGAGUUGUGAGCGCCCCUCGCUCGACGAGGCCGCCCCCGGCAGGCUCCCAAUGGCCGGGACGUACAGUUCCACUUUGAAGACGCUGGAGGACUUGACCUUGGACUCCGGGUAUGGGGCCGGGGACUCGUGCCGCUCUCUCAGUCUCUCGUCCUCCAAGUCCAACUCGCAGGCGCUCAACUCUUCGGCGCAGCAGCACCGCGGGGCGGCCUGGUGGUGCUAUUCUGGCUCCAUGAACAGCCGCCACAACAGUUGGGACACGGUGAACACGGUGCUGCCCGAGGACCCUGAGGUGGCCGACCUCUUCUCACGCUGCCCGCGCCUCCCCGAGCUGGAGGAGUUCCCUUGGACCGAGGGAGACGUGGCCCGGGUGCUUCGCAAAGGUGCGGGCGCCCGGCGACUGCCCCUAUUCUCCGCCGAGGCGGUCAGGCGCUUGGCGGGGCUGCUCCGUCGGGCGCUCAUCCGUGUGGCCCGCGAGGCGCAGCGCCUGAGCGUGCUGCACGCCAAGUGCACCCGUUUCGAGGUGCAGAGCGCCGUGCGCCUGGUGCACAGUUGGGCACUGGCCGAGAGCUGCGCCCUGGCCGCCGUCAAGGCACUGUCCCUGUACAGCAUGAGCGCUGGCGAUGGGCUGCGCCGGGGCAAGUCGGCACGCUGUGGCCUCACCUUCUCCGUGGGUCGCUUCUUCCGCUGGAUGGUGGACACCCGCAUCUCCGUGCGCAUCCACGAGUACGCGGCCAUCUCGCUCACCGCCUGCAUGGAGAACUUGGUAGAGGAGAUCCGGGCCAGGGUGCUGGCCAGCCAGAGCCCCGACGGCGGAGGUGCUGGAGGCGGAGAGGUGUCCGCUGAGGCCUUGGAGAUGGUCAUCAACAAUGAUGCCGAGCUCUGGGGCGUCCUGCAGCCCUAUGAGCAUCUCAUCUGCGGCAAGAACGCCAAUGGUGUCCUGUCCCUCCCUGCGUACUUCAGUCCCUACAACGGCGGGUCCCUGGGCCAUGAUGAGCGAGCCGACGCCUACGCGCAGCUGGAGCUCCGGACCCUGGAGCAGUCGCUCCUGGCCACCUGCGUGGGGAGCAUCUCGGAGCUGAGUGACCUGGUUUCCCGCGCCAUGCACCACAUGCAGGGGCGCCACCCCCUGUGUCCUGGCUCCAGCCCCGCCCGCCAGGCCCGCCAGCCGCCCCAGCCCAUCACCUGGUCCCCUGAUGCCCUCCACACGCUCUACUACUUCCUGCGGUGUCCACAGAUGGAGUCCAUGGAGAAUCCCAACCUGGACCCCCCAAGGAUGGCCCUGAACAAUGAACGGCCCUUCAUGCUGCUGCCGCCACUGAUGGAGUGGAUGCGCGUGGCCAUCACCUACGCAGAGCACCGCCGCAGCCUCACCGUGGACAGCGGCGACAUCCGGCAGGCGGCCCGGCUGCUGCUGCCCGGCCUGGACUGUGAGCCCCGGCAGCUCAAACCCGAGUGCUGUUUCAGCUCCUUCCGGAGGCUGGAUGCCCGAGCGGCUACUGAAAAAUUCAACCAGGACCUGGGUUUCCGCAUGCUCAACUGCGGCAGGACGGACCUCAUCAGCCAGGCGAUCGAGGCCCUGGGCCCCGACGGGGUGAACACCAUGGACGACCAGGGUAUGACACCGCUGAUGUAUGCCUGUGCUGCUGGGGAUGAAGCCAUGGUCCAGAUGUUGAUUGAUGCUGGAGCAAACUUGGAUAUCCAGGUUCCAAGUAACUCUCCCAGGUACCCCUCCAUCCACCCUGACAGCCGGCACUGGACCUCACUGACAUUUGCUGUGCUGCACGGACACAUCUCUGUGGUCCAGUUGCUGCUGGACGCCGGUGCCCACGUGGAGGGCUCGGCCGUGAACAGCGGUGAGGACAGCUUCGCCGAGACGCCCCUGCAGCUCGCCUCUGCAGCUGGGAACUACGAGCUGGUCAGCUUGCUGCUCAGCCGAGGCGCCGACCCCCUCCUCAGCAUGCUCGAGGCCAACGGCAUAGCCUCCUCCCUCCACGAGGAUAUGAACUGCUUCAGCCACUCGGCCGCUCAUGGCCACAGGAACGUCCUGAGGAAGCUCCUGACACAGCCACAACAGGCCAAGGCGGACGUGCUGUCCCUGGAGGAGAUUCUGGCCGAGGGCGUGGAGGAAAGUGAUGCGUCGAGCCAGGGCAGCGGCAGCGAGGGGCCCGUGCGGCUGAGCCGGACGCGCACCAAGGCCCUGCAGGAGGCCAUGUACUACAGCGCGGAGCAUGGCUACGUGGACAUCACCAUGGAGCUGCGGGCGCUGGGUGUCCCCUGGAAGCUGCACGUCUGGAUCGAGUCUCUGAGGACAUCCUUCUCCCAGUCCCGGUAUUCCGUGGUGCAGAGCCUCCUGCGGGAUUUCAGCUCCAUCAAGGAGGAGGAAUACAAUGAGGAGCUGGUGACCGAGGGCUUGCAGCUCAUGUUCGACAUCCUCAAGACCAGCAAGAACGACUCCGUCAUCCAGCAGCUGGCCACCAUCUUCACGCACUGCUACGGCAGCAGCCCCAUCCCCAGCAUCCCCGAGCUCCGGAAGACCCUGCCCGCCAGGCUAGAUCCUCACUUUUUGAACAACAAGGAGAUGUCGGAUGUGACCUUCCUCGUGGAGGGAAAGCUGUUUUAUGCACAUAAAGUCCUGCUGGUGACGGCGUCUAACAGGUUCAAGACGCUGAUGACCAACAAAUCAGAACAAGAUGGCGACAGCAGCAAGACCAUUGAGAUCAGCGACAUGAAGUACCACAUCUUUCAGAUGAUGAUGCGGUAUCUGUACUACGGGGGCACGGAAUCCAUGGACAUCCCCACCGGCGACAUCCUGGAGCUGCUGUCAGCUGCCAGCUUGUUCCAGCUGGAUGCCCUGCAGCGGCACUGCGAGAUCCUGUGCUCCCAGACCCUGAGCGUGGAGAGCGCCGUCAACACCUACAAGUAUGCCAAGAUCCACAACGCCCCCGAACUGGCCCUGUUCUGCGAAGGCUUCUUCCUCAAGCACAUGAAAGCCCUGCUGGAGCAGGACUCCUUCCGGCAGCUCAUCUACGGCCGCAGCAGCAAGGUGCAGGGCCUGGACCCCCUGCAGGACCUGCAGAGCACCCUGGCCGAGCGUGUGCACUCUCUCUACGUCACCUCCCGGGUGUGAGGAGCGGGCGGCUGCUGGGCGGGCCCAGCCUGCUCUGGGCCCGGCUCUGUCGCUCAGCCUCCAGCAGGUGGGAAAGGCUAGGCGCAGGUGCUUCCCAGGGUGUCUGGGCCAGCACAUAACUGGAGCCUUGCUGGGUGGAGGCUGGUCACAGGCCCUCUUAGAGCCAGAUUCGGGGGUCGGCAGAUGUGCCAUGAGCCCACCUGUCACGGGGCAGCCCCCGAGCUAACCAUCUGCUUAACCAGGCAUGGGCCAAAGGCAGGUGCCUUCCCCAACCCCUGACCCCUCAGCUGUUGCUUCCACCUUGAGGCUGCCAGGCACUCAGCCUUGUGUGCCCCUUUGCCCCUUCUCAAGGUCAGCACUAACCCUGACUCAGUGCUGCUCUAUGUGGCUUCUGUAGGCUCUACUACCCCAUCCCAGGGCUCAGGGAGCUCAGACUGUCCUAAUGGGGGCUCUUGGGGCUGUGGGCACCCUGUGGAAGGUUAUAGAAUGUAUGCUCUGUUUGGGCCCCAGGUCCCUUCCCUCAAACGCUGAUACUUUUCCUCCACGUCAUGUCAGAAAGCGUGCCCCAACUCAGCCUCUUUGAGGCCAGGCCUUUCAAAGAUUUGAUGUGGGCCUCCAGGGGCCUGGGCCUCCCUUUACUUGGUGUCUGGAUCUACAGAGGCCCCCUUUGGGUGGCACGGCGGGAGAAGGCAGCUCAGCCUGCACGUCUUUCCGUCUGAGCCAAGGAGGUACGAUGGAGGAGCCUGGGGGCCUGAGCUUUUGUUGCUGCUGCUGUUUUCAGGGGUUAAGGUAAAGGGGUCCAUUCUGAAAUUCCACGCCUGGAUGUCGGCUGCCUCUGCGGGCUCAGGAAGCAGAGCGCCCUAACCAUCCCUCGGGUCUAGUCUCUCCAUGGAAGUCCUUUAAUUUGGAUCAGAGAGCAGGGCCCCACCCACACUGUGCCCUGGGAGCUUCAGGUCUUGGGGUGUAAAGGGCAGGGCAGGAGGGGAAGGACUGAGCAAGGAGGCCCCUCUCCUACCCUACACCUCCCCCGGCUCCAGCCUCUCCUGGGGUGAGACGCAACAUGGGGCUGGGACACUCGUAUUUAUGGACGGGAGGCUGGGGGCGCCUUCCCCACAGCUUGUACCCGACGGAGCCCUCAGCUGUCUGGCCGUACCUUAGAAAUUAUUUAUUCAACAGAAGCCCUGGGCACUUGAGGAGGUGUGGCCUCGGUCACCUUGAAAAGCCCCCAAGGGCUCGCAGCCCUGGAAAAUAUUUUCGACUAGCUGCUUCAGCUGGAUGUACAAAGGAAUAGGCGUUAUUUUAUUGCUGUAAUAUUGUAUGAUACUGUCACUGUACAUUCCACGUUGUCACUUAUUGUAAAGGUACUACGGUUUCAUUAACAAUAAACACUCGUUAACAAUGA